AUGACCGCGACCACAACCACAACCACAGCCAGCUCGAACUUAACGGACUCACGUCCAAAUGCAAAAUUGUCGAGCUCGAACCGAAGAUAUGAAAGGUUCCUGGCCAAGGCUGAGGAUUAUCUCCAUAAGAAUCAAGCUUCGCAUUCGUCUGGUGUCACUAGUGGUGGUGCUGAUCAUGGCACCCGUCAUAUUGAGUUUUUGAAGAAGGCGCAAGAGUUCUUGGACAAAAAGGAAAAAAACUCGGCGUCGGCCUCAGGAUUGUCCGUUGUCACCAAUGGUGAUGGUGGUGGCAGCCGUCAUUUAGAUUUCUUUAGAAAGAAACAAGAUGAUGUGAACAAAAAGGAUAAGAAGGAUAAAAAGGAUGGUGAAGAACAUGAUGAUGAUGCUGGUGGUCAUCACUACAGAAAGCAUCUAAAAACGCUUUUGAAGACAGUAAAGAAACAUAAAGGAGGAAAAAAUGGAAAAGAAAGUAAUAAUGAGGAAGAACAUGCUGAAGAAGAGCCAGAGGAGAUCGAGGAAGAAGAAGAGGAGGAAGAGGAAGAAGAGGGUGGUUGGUUUACUGAGUUUUUGGAAGGCGUUCAAGAGUUCUUACAAGAAUAA